AUGUCGUUGAGCCCAAAGCAUACAACGCCUUUCUCAGUGACUGAUAUUUUGAGUCCUAUCGAGGAGACCUACAAGAAGUUUAGUGGAAUGGACGGCUCAGGGAACCUAACCUCUCCACUGGGAGCUUACCGACAGCCUCAGGUGUCCCAGACUGGCAUGCAACAGCACUCCAUGGGCCACAACGCCAGCGUGGCGACCACCUACCACAUGCCACACACUGUCUCCCAGUUCUCGCACAGCGCCAUGGGUGGGUACUGCAAUGGGAGCAUUGGCAACAUGGGAGACCUUCCGUCGUACCAGGAAACCAUGAGAAAUAACGCAGCAGCCACAGGGUGGUAUGGCGCGAACACGGAUCCAAGAUAUUCAACAAGUAAGUCGUUUUUUAGAUUUAGAUUUUUAUUGUUUGGUGACUUGUUUUAUUUCACUGUCACCAAACUUUUAACGAAACGCGGACAGAUGAACCAAUAACACACUACUCACCAUCACUGAGUAGCCUAGACUAGUCUGACAUUACACCAUUUUCGAAUAUCGAAAAAAGUCUGUUUUCAUUUUAUUUCACAAAAUAUUUAUAUAUUAUUAUUAUUGGAAUUAAAUAAACUUGCUCAUUAAAGCUGCCUAGUGACCUCAGAUACGUGGAUGAACGUUUAAUUCUGAGGUGAGACUGUGAGAGCUUGUUGAGUAACCUAUAUUUGGCCAAUUACGCACGGCAUACAGACCAUUGCAAACUACUUCAGGCCAACAAACCGACACAUUUGCAUUGCUGAAUAUUGAAUGUGCGUAUAUGUAUGUAUAUUUUUAAGUUUCUAGAUUCAUGGGACCUUCCACAGGUAUGAACAUGACUGGAAUGGGGAACCUAACAGGCAUGGGGGACGCCUCCAAGUCCAUGCCACCCCUGCACGCAGCGCCCAGGAGGAAACGACGGGUACUCUUCUCCCAGGCUCAGGUGUACGAGCUAGAGAGGAGAUUCAAACAACAGAAAUACCUCUCAGCGCCAGAGCGGGAACACCUGGCCAGUAUGAUCCACCUGACGCCGACCCAGGUCAAGAUCUGGUUCCAGAACCACAGGUACAAGAUGAAGCGGCAGGCCAAGGACAAAGCGGCGCAGCUGCUGCAGCAGGACAGCAACCUGUGUCAACAACAACAGUCUCCGAGGCGCGUGGCCGUGCCUGUUCUGGUGAAGGACGGUAAACCAUGUCAGAACGGCUCCAACACACCAACGCCGAACCAGCAGCAGGUACAGCAGCAACAACAACAGCAGCAGCAACAGAACGGCUCUGGGGUUGUGCUCCCCGCUUCCAGUAAUGCCAUCAAUCAACACCAAAACCAUCAGGUCAACUCCUUAGUUCAGGCCCAAGACCUGGAGGAGAUGUCACCUAGCCCUCCUUCACUCCACAGUCAGAUCAACAUGGCGCAAAUAGACACUUCUGUUAUAGACUACACUAAUAACAUGGUCAGCUCCAACCUACUCUACGGCAGAACUUGGUAG